ACGAUGCAGAAGCUGGAGCUUCCCGUGAUCGGACACAAGCUGCUGGAGGCCUUGAGCCUGGGCCGUCGACAGCGGCUCAUCUUCCCCCGCACGCACAGUGAGGAUCCACACACACACACACAGGCGCGCGCGCAUGUCCCUCGGGAUCCACGCCCCUCCCUUCCCGGAUCCGAUCGGGAGGAGAGCGAGAGCGAGCUUCUGUAUCUCUCCUUCGUCACAGCCUCGUCUUCCUCACGCCUCUCCUCGUCAUCAUCAUCCUCAUCAUCCGAGAGCGCACACGCGAGACACAGGCAUGGCGUGAGAGAACCGCUAAUCAUGGGAAACCAGGACGGGAAGCUAAAGCGGGAGGCAGGAGCGGCGGAUGAGAGCGGGGCUCACGAGGGUGUGAAGAAAGGGAAGAAAGCACACGGGAAAGCGGGGGAGGGAGGGAAGAAGAAAAGCAGGUCGGACAGAUCCUCAGUUUUCCCUCACAUCCGCAAGCGCAAGAACCCGAAGGCCAAGGGAUUCCUGAGCGCUUCCAAAGAAGAUGAGCUCGACAGCGCCCAGUCCCAGUGCAACGCUAAAACGCCGGACCUCUCCGGGGACGAUGAGCUCGGACACUCGGACGCCGAGCCCGACAGGCCUCGUGUGUGUCCUCUUCCCGACGGGCCCGAGGACGAGGAGAAGAUCCGGAGCUCGGGCUCCGACACGGACAUGUACAGCUUCCACUCGGCCGCCGAACAGGAGGAUCUACUGGCGGACAUCCAGCAGGCCAUCCGGAUACAGCAGGGAGUGCUGCUCGGCGACAUCCAGAUCCCGUGGGAAAGGGACUGUAAGGAAAACACCCCGACUCCGGACUCCCCGGAGCCGUUCACCGUGCUGGAAGCCUUCCCCACACGCGAGCACGCUAGCCUAGGCAAGGCAAGGCAAACGCAGAUCCCGGCUGUGAAUGGAGUGAAUGGAGACUCGGACGCGGGCCUUUGUGCCGGCGUCACAAAAGAUCCCGACUCCCCCGUUCCCGAUCCCACGGUUGCCAUGGCGACCAGCUUCCCGGAUCUCAGCGCCUCUUUCGAGAGCGCGGUUGAAGCCGAGGAGGAUUCGGCCCCGAGCACGGACACGCUCUCGGCGGGGUCGGUGGAGUGUGUGAGCGCUGACGAGCCGCGGCGGAAGACUAGCGUGACGUUCCCGUCGCACACGGACAGCCCUUUAGCCACGCGGCUCCUGAAGUCCUCGGUGAAGCCGUAUCCACCAAUCAGCACGUCGUACAUCAAGACCACGACGCGUCAGCUGAGCUCUCCCUCGUGUUCGCCGGCCCCGUCGCCGACACACAGUCCCCGGGCCCCUCGGCCCGACAGGAGGCGGCUCAAGCGCCAGCGCUCGCACAGCAUCACCGGACCCUUCAGCCGGUCCGCAGACUGGACCGAGGAGAUGCGGGCCCCUAAAGCCGGCGGGUCCGCUGCCUAUCUGGAGUACGGUGGCUCGGAGGGGACGCUGAGGACGGGCCGCACACGGAGACCGUCUGCAUCCCAGGCUCCGGCAUGCGGCUUCCAGGAGGUGUUCACAGGCCGGACGCUGCUGGAGCGGUUCUUCCAGCAGCAGGAGCGCAGCGAGCCGGAGGAGGUGGAGAGGAUCUGCUCCAGGAUCCUGGCUCUGGGUCUCCUGUUGCCCUUCAGCGACUGCUUCCGGGAGCCGAGCGGCAGCAGCGCACACAUCGGGCCCAAGUUCGACCAUGAUCAGCUGUACACAUGGGCGGCAGUGAGCCAGCCUCCUCCAUCGCUGGAGCGUUUGCCUGGACACCUGAGGAGCCUGUGGCCCCCGACCCGACCCGGAGACGAGCGGCCCGAGCCCAAAUACACAGAGGACGCGGUCGAGGAGCAGGAGGAGCAUCAGGCUGUCGUCUCAGAAAUUACGAAACAAAAGGAAGAAGAAAUUCGGCAAAUUCAGGAGGAGUCUGUGCUGAAGACGGUGAGUCUGAAGCAGGAGCACGUCUGCGUGAUCGAGCAGCUGGAGCAGACGAUCGAGGCCCUGCGCAGUAAGAUCGCGGAGCUGGAGAAACAGCCCCCCCUGCUGGAGCGGGAGGUCAUCACGCAGGACCAGGAGUGCGGGGGGGAGGAGGGCCUCGUGCCCAACGUCUGCCAUGUGGACCUGCAGACAGAAAACUUUGCGCUGCUUCCACUGGAGGCCAAAUCGGUGCAAACGUCUCCUGUGGACGAGAGCUUUAGGUUUAAAGUACCUCCUGUGGAGGCGCAGGCGCCCGGAGGGAGUGACUCCUGCUCUAAGUCUCAGGCUUGUUCUCAAGCGUUUGUGUGUGUCUGCCAGCAGCAGCCGGGUGCUUCGGUGCUGCCGCCGCCUCCACCACCUCCUUUACCAGGAAUGAGUGCGCCUCCUCCUCCACCUCCUUUACCAGGAAUGAGUGCGCCUCCUCCACCUCCUUUACCAGGAGCACCUCCUCCUCCGCCUCCUCUACCAGGAAUGAGUGCGCCGCCUCCUCCACCUCCUUUACCAGGAGCACCUCCUCCUCCACCACCUCUACCAGGAAUGAGUGCGCCUCCUGCUCCACCUCCUUUACCAGGAGCACCUCCUCUACCAGGAAUGAGUGCGCCGCCUCCUCCACCUCCUUUACCAGGAGCGCCUCCUCCUCCACCUCCUCUACCAGGAAUGAGUGCACCUCCUCCUCCACCUCCUUUGUCAGGUCUGUCUGCACCACCUCCUCCACCACCACCUCCUCCAUCUAUGGCUCCCGGAGCCUCUGCGCCUCCUCUGACCUUUGGUUUGGGCUCUUUGCCGCCUCCGCUGCCGCUGGGUCUGUUCGCAUUAGGAGCGGCACAUGAGAAACCACCUCGCAAGAGCCUUGUGGAGCCGCCGAGACCCAUGAAACCGCUGUACUGGACACGCAUUCAGCUGAACACCAAAAAGGACUUGCAUUCUCUCGUAUGGGAGACGAUCGAAGAGCCAUCCGUGGAUUUUGAGGAGUUUGUCGAUCUUUUCUCCAAGACGGCAGUGAAGGAGAAGAAGAAACCUCUUUCGGACACGAUCAGCAGGUCGAAGACCAAGCAGGUGGUGAAGCUGCUGAACACCAAGCGCUCGCAGGCGGUGGGGAUUCUGAUGUCCAGUUUGCAUCUCGACAUGAAGGACAUUCAGCACGCGAUCCUGAAUCUGGAUAAUACUGUGGUUGAUCUGGAGACGUUACAGGCCCUCUAUGAGAACAGAGCCCAGCAAGAUGAGCUGGACAAAAUCGAGAAACACGUCAAAUCCUCAAAAGACAAAGAAGGAACCAAACCUCUGGACAAACCCGAGCAGUUUCUCCAUCAGCUCUCCCAGAUUCCUGAUUUCUCCGGACGAGUCUUCUGCAUUCUCUUUCAGUCGACCUUCUCCGAAUGCAUCUCGUCUGUUCAGCGCAAACUCCAGAUUCUGCAGAGAGUCUGCAAGGCUCUUCAGAGCGGUUCUGGAGUUCUGAAGAUUCUUGGUUUAGUUUUGGCGUUUGGUAAUUUCAUGAAUGGAGGGAAUCGAACCCGAGGUCAAGCAGACGGUUUUUCCCUGGACAUUCUGCCCAAACUCAAGGACGUCAAGAGCAGCGACAACAGUAAAAGUCUGCUGGCAUACAUCGUGUCGUACUACCUGAGACACUUUGAUGAGGACGCGGGCAGGGAGACGUGUGUGUUUCCGCUCCCAGAACCCCAAGACCUGUUCCAGGCCUCUCAGAUGAAGUUUGAGGACUUGACUAAAGAUCUGCUGAGACUCCGGAAAGAUCUGCGAGCAUGCACUGCUCAGGUGGAGAAGGUCUGCUCCGUCUCAACGGAAGAGCAUCUGCAGCCCUUUAAAGACCAGAUGGAGACGUUCGUCAGCGAAGCAAAAACUGAGCUGGAAUGUCAAGAGAAGCAACUCAGUGAAACCCACAAAAUGUUCCUGGAUCUGUGCGUGUUCUUCUCGGUCAAGGCCAAAGGCGGAGAGAAAGAGGUUUCUCCAAACACCUUCUUCUCCGUGUGGCACGAGUUCUCCAGCGACUUUAAAGACACCUGGAAGAAGGAGAACAAGGUCAUCCUGCAGGAGAGGUUGAAGGCGGCGGAGGAGUGUUUCCGACAGGUCAAAGAAAAGGCCUCGUACAGUGUCAAACCCAAACACGCGUCUGGAAUCAAAGCAAAGUUGGGUAUGAAGAUCUGAGACGCCUGAUGAAGGAACGAACGCUCUUGUUGUUCGAUCUUUAAUUCGCUCUCGCACACACAGCUUCAGUGUUACUUCUGCCGUACGGACACAGGAAGUGAUCGGCCCUCAGAAUGUGAUGUCAUAUCCUGUGCGGUGACGAACAUAUCAGAUGUUUGCUCCAGAAUUCCCACAAUCCCCGCUGAAGUUCUCAACGUCAUCAGAGGAAAAAAAGUGUGUCUUAUUUUUAAUAGAGAACAGGGAACGAGAAAUCUGGAUCUGUAAACA